AUGAUUAGUGCGAGAGGAUUGCUCUUUGUGAUGUUCAAAAGCGCCUUCAUUGUCGCUUUUCUCACCAUCCCCAACCCGGUCGUGGCGCUUUCCAGCUUCAAGAACUGGUCUAGGAAGGCCUUCUACCACAAGAUCGACCUCUGCACUCAAUCUUGCUACAGCCAGAUCAUUCCGGGCCUCUAUUUGAGCAAUGCCCGCGCUGCAGCCGACAAAAAUGUCCUUCGAAGCCUCAACAUCACGCACGUGCUCACCAUUGCGGCGAAUCGCCUCCCGAAAUCUACUUUCUAUGAUACCGACAUCAACACCCUGUUCAUUAGGGCCUACGACACUCCUCAGACCAAUCUCCUGCCCUACUUCCCAAUGGCCAACUCCUUCAUUGAUGAGGGCCUACAGGCGGGCAACGUGCUCGUCCACUGUCACUUUGGUGUUUCCAGGUCUGCGACCCUGGUCAUCGCGUAUAUCAUGGAGAAAUACAAGCUGACGUUCGAACAGGCGUAUGUUUAUGUUAGACAGCGCAGACGGUUCAUUAACCCGAACCCUGGAUUCGUGAAGCAGCUCAGAGAAUACCAUCGGCUGGGCUACGACGUGAGUAGCUUUCAAAGAUUUGAAGCUUACAUGCACGUUAAAGCGAGGAAACACAAGUACAAGAUAGCUUCUCUAGCGGCAGUAAUGGUUGGAGUCUUGGUUCCAAUCGUCAUGUUGGUUGGAUAA